AUUUUAGCAACCCUUGACAGCUGAUGAAUGCUACAUGCCAUCUGGGCCGUAGAGAUGCGGCCGCCACAAGUACCUGCGCUAAAGUGCACGCGCUAAAUCGGUCGUGAUGUACAUGUACCUUUUUGAUGUUCGGGCUAUGUGCAUAUUAGAAGCAACCUGCGCUUCGUCUUGCUUCCUUCUAAACCUCCCCAUAUUCCGCUUCUUGCUCCUCUUCCCUUUUCGCAUCUUCUCUAAUAUCUGCUCUUCCUCUCCUCUCCUCUUCUUCUUCCGCAAAUUUCUUUUCUUUGCUGUCUUCUCUACCUUGCUGCAUUCACAAUCCCCGCCAUAAUGUCUUCCUCAAGCUCCUCUCCCGCCGAGGCAGUCUCCUCCAUCGCCGACAAGAUCCCCUCGCCCCAAGAGGCCAAAGAGACCGCCCAGGCCGCCGCGCCCGCCGCUCAGUCCGCUCUUCUGUCCCAGCUGCGCGCGCUCACGGCCGGUGGUUUCGGAGGCAUCUGCGCCGUCGUCGUCGGCCACCCGUUCGACCUGGUCAAGGUGCGCCUGCAGACGGCCGAGCGCGGCGUCUACUCGAGCGCCAUUGAUGUCGUGCGCAAGUCGGUCGCGCGGGAUGGACUGAGGAGGGGCCUGUAUGCAGGUGUCAGUGCGCCGCUGGUUGGCGUUACCCCCAUGUUCGCCGUGUCCUUCUGGGGCUACGAUCUCGGCAAGCAAAUCGUCGGCGGCGUCUCGACCAUUGGGCCCGACGGCCUGUCCACCGGCCAGCUCGCCGCCGCCGGCUUCCUCUCCGCCAUCCCCAUGACGGCCAUCACCGCCCCCUUCGAGCGCGUCAAGGUCAUCCUGCAGGUCCAGGGCCAGAAGCAGCUCGCGCCGGGCGAGAAGCCAAAGUACAGCGGUGGCCUGGACGUCGUGCGCCAGCUCUACCGCGAGGGCGGCAUCCGCUCCGUCUUCCGUGGCAGCGUUGCUACCCUUGCCCGAGACGGCCCCGGAAGCGCUGCGUACUUUGCUGCUUACGAGGUUAUCAAGAAGAGCCUGAGCCCCAAGGAUCCUGUUACUGGAAAGCCCACUGGCCAGCUGAGUCUGACGGCCGUGACGUGCGCCGGUGCUGGUGCUGGUGUUGCCAUGUGGAUUCCCGUUUUCCCUGUUGAUACUGUCAAGUCUCGUCUCCAGACCGCCGAGGGCAACGUCACUAUCGGAGGCGUCAUCCGCGAGCUCUACGGCAAGGGCGGUUACAAGGCCUUCUUCCCUGGUUUUGGUCCUGCGCUGACUCGUGCUGUUCCCGCCAACGCAGCAACCUUUUUGGGCGUGGAGCUGGCGCACCAGGCCAUGAACAAGAUGUUUGGAUCGAAAUAAUGAUGGUGAACUAUGAUUCAUUUUAAGGCUUGAAUUUUUUUGCGGUAUCAUUGGCAAUGUUUUGUUGUUUUGCGUAUAAAAGGAACUUUUGAAUUUUUGGGGGGACAAGAAAAGUAUAUAGGGGAGAAGGAGAGGGAGGCAUCGAGACAUACCCUCAUGAUUGUUUGGAUAAUUUUUCUCCUGCAUGAUGGAGUCAUGGAAAAGGGAUUUAGACGGCGGUGUUAACUGUACUCGCCCCGUAGAUUAGACGCCUUUGCUGCCUGUUUUUCUGCAUCACGAGGUGACCCAAGGGCUAUACAUCAUCAUCACCUUUUCAAAUCAAUAAAUAAACAAAUAAACAAAUAAAAAGCAAUUCAAAGAUUGGC